UCUUGGGAUAAUUUUUCUACCCAAUUCUAUUGCAAAUUUGGCGAUACUGGUGAUGAUGAUGAUGACGAAGAUAGGGAAUCUCAGGAUACUGAUGAUUACCUAAUGGAUGCGUCUCCAUUUCUUGAUCAAGAUGUAGAUGAUCUAAUACGCCAAGGAUUCCAAUCACCACCAAAUCCAGUACCUAUCAAGCUUCCAUCAAUGCCUGAUAUAGUAAUGACCCCUGUUGAUCAAACUGUGAUACCCGAAAAUUCCCGGAAGAAAGAUAAACAAAAGGCGCGUGUUACAGAUGAUAAACAAGUCGUGAACCAAUCACUAAAGGCAAAACCUGAUGUGAAAACAUCAGCCAAAAAUUCCCAUAAGAGAAAGAAAUCAUCCGAACUGAAGGCUACACAGAUACUGACAGGAUAUGAAGCUGUCGGAGAGGAGCAAGAGCGAAUCCGAGACAUUAUAGUUUACGAUAUCCCGUAUACCUGGAACCUGCAGAAAAUUAUAGCAGAGUUAAAAUUUUGGGAGAACGCUAUUAAAUGUUCCGUUAAACGGCAACAUAAGUAUCAGACUCUUCGAGUCAAAAUAGCUCUUUCCUCAUUUUCCCUUCCCCAGUUUAAUAAAUAUUGGACGACAGACCUGGGAGGUAUACCUGUUAGAUGGUUCUCUGCAAGUUGGACUUUACGAGAAAGAAAACAACGUGAAAAGUUCCAAGCCGUCAUUCAUGACAUUCCGGAGGAUAUGACGAUGGCUACCUUGUGGAUGGACUGUAAACCAUGUGAAUUUUUAAUGAAGUGCGGUGCUAGCUCAUUUAAAAUCAUACAAACAAGUAAAGGAAGGAGGAAACUUGUGGCCUAUUUCGAGAAUUGGGAGACCACACUAAGGGCCUUAGAUACGCCACAGUUUUUCGUACCUGAUGGUAGGGAGUUGAAAUGGUGUCGACACUCCAUUCCUACCUUGAAAAAAGCACAAAGCAAACCGAAGGCUAAAAAUACACCGAAUACGAAAAAGUCAGGAGGAGAAACACCCAAAGAAUCAGAAGAAGGCAAAGAAAUACCUCGAAGACUAAGGGUGUAUAGAAACAAAUUAAACAUUAAACAAGCAAUUGACUUCGUUGCUGAAGCCUGGGAAAGUGUAGAACAGAAAACUAUAUGCAAUUGCUGGAAUGAAACCAGAAUUGUAUCUAUUUCUGAUUCUGAAUUAAUUCAAGAAACACAAGAUAGGUUACACCGGGGUCCUGUACUUGUUAAUGAAAUUCCAAAUAUCAUUCCAAUUAUUUUUAUUGAUAAUUAUAAUAAGGUUCAAUAUGAUUUAAUGAAUUAUAUUAAUGAUGAAAUUUCUCCACAUACCGAAGAAAUCUUGAAUGAUACACAAAUUAUAAAUCUUGUGCAAAAUGAAGAAGUGCCUACUACAGAAGAUAAUAUUGAUAAUGAAGAGGAAUUAACUCCAUAAGUUUUACCAAAAGAAGCUUUUGAUGCAAUUAAAAAGGUAAUUCUUUUUUAUGAACAACAACCUAUUGAUAAUAGUUGUAAAAUGGAAGAUCUUAAACGUUUUAGAUAUUAUGCUUCUGAUUUAAAAUUUCAUUAUAUUAAUUCUUU